UCUCUGUGAGGACGGCUGUUCAGAUGGAUUCCUCCACCUUCCUCUACGAUGUCCCCCCGCUUCUCCUCGAGAGCUUCUGUCGGAUCAUGGACAGCGGAGGCGACAGUCUGGGAUGGCGCGGACUAGCUGUCCGAAUCGCCCCCAGCUUGUUAGAAGUCCGCAUGUUGGAGCGCUUGGAGGCAGCAGGUCGGAGUCCCACCUGGGAGCUGCUGUGGUCCUGGGCCCAGCAGAAUUCAAGAGUGCAGGACCUGCUCAAGGUGCUGCAGGACAUGGGCCACCACAGGGCCCUGCAGCUCUUCCAGAGUCCAGCUCAAGGCCAGUUACAAACAAUUCAAGAGUCACAGUCACCCCCCAAGGAUCAACACACAGAGCGUGAAACUAAAGUGAAUAAGAAUAAGGAAUCCCUCCAAAAAGAGGAGCUUUCUUCGAGUCCUGUGUCCACCGGAGAAAACCAGCCAUCCGUUAUCACCUUCCAAGACAUCAGGGAGGGAACCCGAGGUUUCCACCAUGAAAUGAGAAUUGCAGAGGGACAUUUUUCUGAUGUCUACAGAGCAUGGAUAGGAAAUAAAACCUUUGCAGUCAAGCUUUUUAAACAGGUAAAUAAUGUGUCCUGGAAGAAGCUGUGGGAUAUCUUCACUAAAGAAAUGGAAGUUCAUCAUUUAUAUCAACAUCCAAACAUCGCAGACUUGUUGGGCUGUUUUUCUGACGAGGGCCACUACUGUCUGCUCUAUCCUUACCUCCCCAGUGGAUCGCUUUCCCACAGACUACACCAUCAGGACGGAGAGCAUCCUCUGACUUGGCAGGAGCGUCUCACAAUCAUCAAGGGAGUUGCAAAAGCUUUGCAUCACCUCCAUACGGCCCAGCCCUGCCCAGUGAUCUGUGGCAACAUCUCCAGUGCUAACAUACUGUUGGACGACGCCCUGCAGCCCAAGCUGUCUAACUUUGGGUUGGCUCGUCUACGUCCUCAUUCAGCCAAUCAGAACUGCACCAUCACUCUCGACACGAGUUUCCACAGCAACCUGGGAUACCUCCCUGAGGAGUACAUCCGAGAUGGCAAGCUAUCCUUCAGCCUGGACGUCUACAGCUUUGGAAUGGUGAUAAUGGAAACAGUAACAGGACGGAAGGUCAUAGAGGAUGGACCCAAACAAACACUGCUGAGGGAUUUGCUCGUCUCUGAGGUGGAGGACAGCGGUGGUGUGGACUCUUGUCUGCAGUUUUUGGACAAGGCGGCCGGUCGGUGGCCGACUGCCUUGGCCCUCAGCCUACUGACUCUGGCCUUGGACUGCACUGCGAGCCGCCACCGCCACAGACCAAGCAUGGAGAAUGUACUUCGGACACUGAGCCAGCUGCUUCCUCCGCCCACAUGCCCACUUGCAGAUCAACCCCGCAGCCUGGAUGAUGGGGCCGCUGUGAAUGCCCAGCAGAGCCCCCCAUCCUCCUCCCUCCCUGUGGAGCACGAUGAGCAGCACAGCCUCCCUGGGGCUCCAGGACAGGCAGGGCCCUGUGAGUGCAGCCAGUCGGAGGUGACAUACCUGAGUGACAGCGUGGGAUCUCAGGGUGAGGCAGCAGUGGACCUGUACGGCAGCUGGCCUGUACAGUGCAGCUGCCCGGCUGAGCCCGGUGGUCUGGCCUGCGAGGACUGCAGGGCCAACGGGUACACGCCCUACCACACAGAGAGUCCUCAGACUGACGUCAGUGUGGUGGAAAACGAAGCCAAGGAGAGGCUGAGGAACAAACUGAGUCUUUAUGACAGAGGGCUGAUUCACACAGAGGAACUGUUCUCUGAGGCAGGACUGCAGUAAACAGCAGGAUCCCUGAUAGCUCUGGGGUCCACUGACGUUUUCAACGCUGUGACAAGACAGCACAAAUCAACAUAACUCCUCGCACCACACUGUGACACCUGACUAUGUUCUCAUUCAGAUGGUUAUUACUGAAACUUAAAAUAAUACAAAGUUUUUUUUUUUUUUUACAAAGUGUUUUCCACUGUUCACAUUUCCACACUGUUGUACAAUUAGUCAGUAUUAGUGAAUGAUUACUGACACUGUCACCCGUAACUGAUCUGAUGGCUUGAUGCAUCACUGACAGUGACAAGUCCCACCAAUUAAUCAUAGUGAAACUGUUUCUCUGCUAAGGUUUUCUCUUUUCACAUCGGCCGGUUUCAGUGAGACCUCCUCCCUGGUUGAUUUCUGUGACAAACACAAACACAGGAAGUGGAGUGAAAUAAACAAAAACACUAGCAGAGUAACAAAAUGUAUUUUAAU